GAGAGGUAUGGUUGAAAACUCGCAGUCCAUCGCGCUGAGCAGAAGAGGAGCAGCACAACUAAAUGUGACUUAUCUGAGCAGCAUCAUCACAUCUGCGCCUCCGGGAGACAAAGAAGAGACGAACUCUGAAGGAGCAAACAACGCGAUCAGAGCCUCCCGGAGUGAUGUGAUAUCAUCAUUAUUAUUAUCUCUCUCGACGUGACGACUGUUUGUCUGCCUCUAAUGUUUCCAACCCACUGAGACCAGGGGGAUUUAUUCCUUCUUUUGUUCUUUGCUUUUUUUAGUGACUAUAAAUAAAAGCAGCCAAAACGAAUAAAUACGGGUCAUUAUGGUUUUGUUAACACUGCAUACUAGAAGAGGGUUGAAUUGCUUGUGCGCGCAGUUCUUGCUGUGGAUUUUAUGUGCUGUGGACGGUGAGGAGCAGCAAUUCAGUGUGGAGACUUGGCUGCAGCGGUAUGGCUACCUCCCUCCCACAGACCCCAGAAUGUCCGUCCUGCGGUCAGAACAGACCAUGCAGUCUGCUAUCGCUGCCAUGCAGCGUCUCUACGGCCUUAACGUCACCGGUGAACUGGAUAAGAACACCAUUGAUGAUAUCACCAUAAGCUGGAUGAAGAAGCCACGAUGUGGGGUGCCAGACCAGUUCGGCGGUGCCUCGAAAUUUAGCGUCCGAAAAAGACGUUAUGCCCUCACAGGGCAGAAGUGGCAACAUAAACAUAUCACAUACAGUAUAAAAAACGUCACUCCUAAGGUGGGAGCGGAGGAGACCCACAAUGCCAUUCGCCGGGCGUUCGAUGUGUGGCAGAACGUCACGCCGCUGCGUUUCGAGGCAGUGCCCUACAGCGACCUGGAGCGCAACAAGAAAGAUGUGGAUAUUACUAUCAUUUUUGCCUCAGGUUUCCAUGGCGAUAGCUCCCCCUUCGAUGGAGAAGGGGGUUUUCUUGCGCACGCCUACUUCCCUGGUCCGGGGAUCGGAGGAGACACACACUUCGAUUCGGAUGAGCCCUGGACUCUGGGGAACCCUAACCAUGAUGGGAACGAUCUCUUCCUGGUGGCAGUACAUGAGCUGGGUCACGCGCUAGGCCUGGAGCACUCCAACGACCCAACUGCCAUCAUGGCCCCCUUCUACCAGUACAUGGACACAGAGAACUUCAGACUGCCACAUGACGAUCUGCAGGGCAUCCAGAAGAUCUACGGACCUCCAGAUAAACUUCCCCAGCCCACGAGACCCCUACCAACAAUCCCACCAGCCCGCUCGCACCCUCCCGCAGAUCCACGCAAAAACGACAGGCAGACGCGACCCCCACGAAUACCGACCGGCGACAAACCGAUGCACCCCAACGCCAAGCCAGACAUCUGUGACGGCGACUUCAACACUCUAGCCAUCCUCAGGAGAGAGAUGUUUGUCUUCAAGGACCACUGGUUUUGGAGGGUCAGAGAUAAUACUGUGAUGCCCGGUUACCCCAUGCUCAUUAACGUCUUCUGGAGAGGUCUGCCACCCAAGAUCGACGCCGUCUAUGAAAACAGCAAGGGCAAAUUUGUGUUCUUCAAAGGCAAGCAGUUCUGGGUGUUCAAGGACACAAUGCUACAGCCUGGUUACCCGCAGGACAUCUCAAUGUUUGGAAACGGCAUGCCAGCACAGAGUAUAGAGACAGCCGUCUGGUGGGAGGACGUGGCCAAGACCUACUUCUUCAAAGGAGAUAGGUAUUGGAGAUAUAACGAAGACUUGAAAAUGAUAGAUCCUGGUUAUCCCAAGUCCAUCACUGUAUGGAAGGGUGUUCCAGAUUCUCCGCAAGGAGCGUUUGUGGACAAAGCUAACGGUUUCACUUACUUCUACAAGGACAAAGAGUACUGGAAGUUCAACAACCACAGGCUGCGGGUGGAGCCCGGCUACCCUCGCUCCAUCCUCAAAGACUUCAUGGGAUGCGACCUCACGCCCAUCGACCCCGACAUGCAGCCUACGGAGGACGAGGACGUGGUGAUUAAACUGGACAAUGAAGCCAGCACGGUCAAAGCCAUUGCCAUCGUCAUUCCCUGCGUCCUGGCGCUCUGCCUGCUGGUGUUGAUCUACACCGUCUUUCAGUUCAAGAGGAAGGGGACGCCCCGACACAUACUGUACUGCAAACGCUCCAUGCAGGAGUGGGUGUGAGUCACACGGCCACAAGACACGGUGGCGUAAACACCCUAAACUUGCGAAUUUUGGCUCUCGACCUGCAUCUCGCUCAAGGAGAACAGAGGGGGCCUUUGCUUUGAUUCCCCCCUCCAGGAGACGAGGGGCGCAUUUCCUUCCAAAACUCCCUUCUCUUGUCCCAUUGGCCCCAGUGCACCCGCUGUAGGACUUGCGGGAUUGCAAGGACCCCAUGGUGCAUUGCACCGUCCAGUGCCACCAUUUGUCAUGGAAAUGGCUGAUUGCUAUACCUUUAGGUUUUACAAGUGCACGCCGAAAACAUGAAAAAAUUAACGAAAAUACCGCAGGAGUCGCAUUUUCUUUUACUUUGCGAAUUUUAGCUUGACUCCGAUCUAUUUAUUUUUCAACUGAAAUAUUUACGAUUCCCUUUAAAGCAUCCCAAACCAAAUAAAGACUCCAAAGAGGAUCUUUUUCUUCUUUUUACGAUUUUAUUAUUAUUAUUAUUAUUAUUCCCUCCCUGCUCUAAAUAUUUUGCAGUGAUAUGUAGUGGGGGAAGUUUUGACUGUUGUGGCAGUCUGUCUCAAAAACAGGGGCCAAAAUAUUCUGCAAUAUUUUUAAUAGCCUUAAUUAUGGAUUGCGUUGUUGCUUUUGUUUUUCGCUUAUUCGUUUGUUUUUGAGCACCGCUUCGUUUGUCCUGUCAGAUCGGCAGUGCAGUAUUGCUUUGCUCCCUUUGAGAUCAAUUUGAGACCUCAUUUUUGCCAGGGGCCACACUGGAAUGGGGCAGGACUCCUUAAACCUCUGCCUAACAUAUCAGUCAAAACAGAGGGAAGACCAAGCCACUGCAACGACGAAUACUUUAUCGCGUUUUUUCCGUCUGACGGUAGAUUUGCAACGCAAAGGAAGUGCUUGAACCGUUUAUCGUGCUUAACGCUCACGUUUGGUCGUGUUUACACAGACAGAGAUCUGAGAAUUUGUUUCUUCCCUUUUUCCGAAAGGUUGCUGAGACAGAGCAUGUCAUCUCCUUCGGACUGCCUUGUUUUUAGGUCUGGAUGGGAUUCGAGAACCUUGUUGUUUAAACCAGAACCACCAGAGCAACUCAGGACAGCGCUUGAUUCAAAGUGUAUGCAAGCCUUCACAUCCAGUCCUGUGUCUUUACUAUCAACCGAGAAGAAAAUCAAGGAUAUAUCAUGUAACGUUUCAUCUUUGCUUCUGAUCGAAAGUUUCUGCGAAUGGAUCGGACGUUUUCUUUGUUUUUUUUUUUUUUUUUUUUUUUUACAGAGUCAGAACUUUCGGUUCAGUUCUUGUCUUGCAGUCUGACUCUAGAUUUGUCCUUUGCAUCGAACGGAUGUUUGAACAAAGUUAUUUGCUUGCAUUAGCAUUUCUUUACGAUCCUUUUUCUUUCUAUAUUUUUUUGGUACAUUUGAAAUCAAAUGGUCUCAACCUCAACUUUAAAGUGGUACUUAAAGUGCUAAGCUGUCAUCUGGCACGUUUCUUUAGAUGCGAGAAAAGAACAUACAUGAUAUAAAAAAAAACAUAAGCGUGUUUCUGGCAAGCGAUGUUUGAAUGUGUGUCUGUAUUGAAGUUAGAUUUUUUUCUUUUUUCCAUUUUCAUUGUUUUAAGAAAAAAAAAUGAAAAAAAAAUGGGAUAUUCUUCAAAUUCAUGUACUUCAUGACUUGGUUUGGGACAAAUUGUCCUGACAGACUUAAUAAAUUAAUCAGUAUAUGAUUAAAAUGCCUUUUAGCGCUUUGUUCACAUUUAUGAUACACAUACAGCAUUCAGUCUGGAAAAACAUAUAAACAUCUACUCUUUCAACUAACACAAAUACUAUGGUAAUAGCAUAGUAUUUUAUUUUGGUAAUCAUUUAGUACCACACAAUAUCAAGACACUCAAAAUACUCAAAACACUAUGGUAUUACCAUGGUACUGCCACAGUACUUUUCUGCCUUUCUUUCACUUCCAAAAUGUACCAUGCUACAGUACAGGACAUUUUAUCAUAGUAAGGUAUUUGAAAAUGGUACCAUGGUACUAUGGUAUUUUGGACAUUGUACCAUGAUACUAUUAUGUUAUUUACUAUGGUAUUUUGCACAUUUUAACAUGAUACAUUAUGUUAUUUACUAUGGUAUUUUGAAUAUUUUAACAUGAUACUAUCAUGUUAUUUACUAUGGUAUUUUGGACAUUUUACCAUGGUACAAAUACCAUGGUGUUCUGAACAUGAAACUGGGGUAUUAUGGUAUUUUGGACAUUUUGCUGUGACAUUUGAACAUAAUACCAUGAUACUACUAUAUGGUAUUUUGAACAUGGAACCAUGGAACUAUAAAAUCUACUAUGGUAUUUUACUCAUUUUACCAUGGUAUUGCCAUGAUAUUUUAUACAUGGUAUCAUUAUACCAUACUACUACUAUGGUAUUUUUAACACCUAUCAUGGUAUUACCAUAGUGUUUUUGACUUUUUAUCAUGGUAUUCUGAUAAUGUAGCACAGUAUUAAGGACAUGUACCCCAUUCUUGGAAAUACCAUGUAACUACAAUGACACAUGAGUUCAAAUUCCAUGAUAUACCUCAAAAGUACCAUAGUAUUUCCAUCUGAUGUACCACAUAGAGUACAUUUUGUAAGUGUUCUAUCCUCUCUCUUUCUCAAUGUGUAUAUGCGUGUAUGUGUGCAUUCUCAUCAGUGCAUCUGAACGUUUCCCAGAAUCCCAGCCGAUCAAACAUAAGUCAGUUUGAACAGUUGAGAGGAAACGGCAACCAUUAAAUAAUCCAGAAAACCAAGUAUCAUAAAGGUGGUGUGUAUCCUGUGGUUAUAUUUAGCUAGUAUGAUAAGAAUCAGAGCAUAAAAUAUGAGACAGAGGUGGGCAGAGGCAUUUAGAACUCGCCAAGUGCAAAAGUAAACAGAGACAGCCGCGGCCUCGUGUGCAUUCUGAUUGGCCGUCGGUGCGCUGGCAUGGCGGAUGAGGUCAGGUCAGCCAUCCAACUGCCAUCUAUGUUCCAAUUCAAAUCUAGCUCAGCAAAAUGACUGCGGCCAUCGUUACUGCAAGCAUAACAGCUGAGAUGAGAGAUUAAAGCUGUAAAUGACCCGAAUUACUGUCUGUGACUGUUUCUUAAACAUGAAUCACUCUAAACCAACCAGCAAUGUUGAUAAUAGGGAUGUGUGAAACUACAUAUUUUCAAAUUCAAGUACGAGGUGGGUCGACUGAAUGACUAGUCAACUAGUUAAGAUUAAAUAUAAGGCCAAAAAUAUCGGAUUGCAUGUACACUACUAUUCAGAAGUCUUGGGUUGGUAAGACUUCUUUGUGAUGGUUAUGAAAGAAGACCAAGGCAUACAAAUACAGUGAAAACUCUAAAAUUGUGAAAUAUUACUACAUUUUAAAAUAAUUGUUUUCUAUUUAAGCAUGGUAAAACAUUUGUGACAUUAAGUCUUUAUAGUCACUUUUGAUCAAAUUGAUAUGGAAGCCAGGAUCUGCAACAGAAUAAAAAAAUAUAUAUAUAUAAAGGUAAUUUAUCUGAAAAGUUUGAAUUGUGAGAUAAAAUGUCACAAUGACAUUAAAAAAAUAAUCAUCUGUGGUGAAAUAAAAGAAAGAAAAGUUUGCAUGAAAAAAAAGUUUUAAUGUAAAUUUAGCAUUCUGAGAAAAAAAAACUGAAUUGAGAUUUUAUUGAGUGAACUGAGUGAGAUUUAAACUCAAAAUUGAGAGAGAAAAAAAAUGAAUUAUAAGUUUAUAUUUCACAAUUUAGUCUUUUUUUCUCAAAAUUGCAAGAAACAAAGUCCAAGAUAUGGGAUAUAAUCUAAGUUAUAAAAACAGUUGCAUUUUUUUUAUUAUUAUAUAAAAAUAAAUAAAACGGACAAACCCCACACUUUUGAAUGGUCGUGUACUUACAUUUUUAUUUAAGUAGUAAAAUAAUAUAGUCAUCUGACUACAAUUUUCGUAAAAGGGGUGAACUUGUUUUUCGGUGGAAUCAGUGGUGGAAUAAAUGCAAUUUAAGACAAUUCCUCAUAAAGAGCAUUUUAUGCUGAAAAUCUGACAUACACUGUAAAAACAUACACUGUAAAGCUGCGUCUCUAAAUUCAUCCAGUUUAAACUGCAAAAAAAUACUUAAGAAUAAAAAAGAAAAAAAACAUCUGCUAUUUACAUUUUUUUUUUUUUUGGUUGUCUAUCUGACUAGCUGAUCAUAAACGGACGAGCGUGUGCUUAUUCAUCAAGAAGCGAAUCUGUUGUUGUGUGUGAACAGUGAGUCUCUCUCUGAGCGUUUUCUGUCUAGCCGACAGGACUUGUGGUGCUAACUGGACCUACACUGGUGAGCGUCAUCCUGUAGAUUUUUGGUGCUGUUAUUAGUUUAGACAUUAUGGAUUUACACUUGAUUUGAUGAUGGUUUGUGCAGGAGUAAUGUAUUCACGCUUAUGUUGCACUAGUCGUGAUGGUGCAUGGAUUGGUGUUAAAGGCUCAUGUAUAUUUUCUAUGUGUUCUGUGAAGGCCUUAAGCUUCAGCUAAGUCAGGUGUCAAAGGUUGUGCCGCCCAUUGGCUACAUGUUGGUGCUAGACCCUGAUUCGUGUUUACAGAUUCUGUAACUUUAGCAAAGAUGUGGUUUUCUGUUUGCUUUUGCGACAUGGUAUCAUUUAUUCUCCAGACUAACUUCUCAGUUCCUCCAAAUCAUUAGCAUCUGUGCUAAUCUCAGUCAUCUUCAUUGUCAUGUGCAUCGUCUUUCCAUCCUGAUUAUGUUAAACGAUUCCAAAUGAAGGAAACAAACGAAGUCUGAAAAACGUGUUUAUGCUUUUUCAUUCUGUCUGUAGCCCUGUAUUUGUGAUGUAUCUGUUGACGAUCCAUUUCAUUGAUCAAUAAACUCAUUUGAACAUA